AACCAACGCUGACCGGAGAGAGAAGAGCGCACAGUGGCAGAAUGAAGGCCAUUCCAGAGGAUUUAACCACACUCGUCUCAGCUGCGGUUAUUUGGCAGAAAAGAGGAAGUCGAUGGAUGAGAUGUUUCUUCACUGACAUACACUGGGAUACACUUCCACAGACCUUCAUAGAUUUGGAGGCAUUUCUGACAGAGGUUCUGAAAGGAGAAAAUCUGAGUAAGAAGGCGAAGGACAAAAGAGAUACUUUUAUAAAGAGGAUAAAGGAUGUCAAAGCCAGUUACCCUCAGGAUUUCAAGGAAAAACGAGAUGAAGAGUGGGAUGAGGUUGAGGAAGCAGACAGCAACAAUGACGGCAGUUCGCUGCACUCUGAGCGCAUGGAUAGGGACGAGGAGACUGCAUACGAUGGAGUUCAGCAUGCUCCUCCAGUAGCAGCUCAAGAUCUUCAAGCUGUGUUCAAGAGUGGUUACCUGGAAAAACGAAGAAAAGAUCACAGCUUCUUUGGCACAGAGUGGCAAAAGAGAUGGUGCGCUCUGAGCAACCACACAUUCUAUUAUUAUGGCAGUGAGAAAGAUAAACAGCAAAAGGGAGAGUUUAAUAUCAGUGGUUAUGCUGUCAAAAUUAACAACAGUUUGCGCAAAGAUUCCAAGAAAGACUGCUGCUUUGAAAUAUCUGCUCCCGACAAACGUGUUUACCAGUUCUGUGCCUCCUCACAGAAAGAGGCAGAGGAAUGGGUAGAGCAGAUUAGCUUUGUGAUAAAAGACAUGGAAGGAAUCAUUCCUUUGGAGGAGGAGCAGGAUACCUACGAUGACUGCGUACCUUUGAGUGCAGCAUCCAUACCUGCACCGAUGCCUGCACCCAUUGAUGACGAUAUCUAUGAGGAACUUCCUGAGGAGGAGAUGCCUCACACUAAUAAACCAGCACCAGAACCAGUCAGCAAACCCCCUGUAGCACUUCCAGUGACAGUAAAUAAGAGCACAGACUACCAGAACUACUUCCAGGGUUUGUGGGACUGCAACGGAGACCAACCUGAUGAACUGUCCUUCAAGAGAGGAGACGCCAUCUACAUCCUCAGCAAGGAGUAUGAUACUUUUGGCUGGUGGGUUGGGGAGAUGAAAGGUGUCAUUGGCAUAGUGCCAAAAAGCUACUUGACAGAACUUUACAUUCUGUAAAUGCCUUAAAGGUCAUCUGAAGUUCCUUUAAUCCUGCCUCCUUGAGGUAAUGCAUUUCGCAUUAAUUCCAGACUUUUUCUUGCCAAGAGGCUGGAUUGUCAUUUCCACCCAGUGCAAAGUGUACUGCAAGAAGACAAAUAUAUUUAAAAUGUGUGAAAAGGUUUGACUAAAAUAGUUGCUUUCUAAGUUAAGAGAAAGAAAGAAAGUUUCAUUAUGUUUGAAUUACAAAUUAUGUGUGAAUUGUUUGUUGAAAAUUAUGCUUAUUAUUAUGGUUAAAAGUAAUGCUUAAGUUCUAUUGUAAAAAAAAUGUUAUAAUGAGCUAUAAAAAUAAAGCUUGUGAAAUAUAAAAAGUAUAAUUUUUUUCUGUGAUCUAUUUAUAUGAUAUAGUUAUUUGGAGAUCAGAUCUCUGAGCAAUGAAGGAUUCGAGGUACAGCCACCAGGUGGCAGGAGUGGCUUAGUAUUUGGUAUCUUGUGUCUCAGUGAGAUUGCCUGUUUCUAAUGCAUGUAAUAAAUUUUUUUAUCAAAACCA